AUGAACUUCUGGGAAUCAGUGAGAAGGUGCACUUUGCUGAAAUUCUCAUGGGUAUUCGCUCUUGCAUACUCAACAUUGAACAAAGACAGGAGAACUUUACCAGCCCUUGGCAUGAUUCUUCUAUUCCAGAUCCUCAUCAACUACACCUUGGCUACCUUUGAAUGGCAUGUGAUCAAUAGAUUCCGCAAAAGUGAUAGCGGUAAAGGACAAUUGCCUCCUCAGUACCCGUCCCUCAUCCCAUACUUGGGAAAUCCAUUCUCAUUUAUAUGGGAUAAUGCCAAAUUUAUCCGCCACGUUACGUGAGUAAACAUUUGCAUUCUCCAUGUAAUUCUCUCGCUGACUUGAAGUCUUACAAACCAAUAGCUGCUACGACAGCAGAAUGAUCUCUUCGAGGGUUUUCUUUCUCGGCUUCGAGAUUUUCCCCUUCCAAGACUGGCACACCAUUGCCAAUAUCUGGAAACAACCUACACUUUCCAGCCCUAUCUCUAUGUUUGUAUAUGUCUUAAAAUACUUCUUGGGGCUGCCCGAGAGCUGUAUCCGUCUAUCGUGCCGAUGACUCUUGCCCUUUUCCAAAACCAUGUCUAGACAGCAAUGUCCUGGCAAAAGACCGGGUAGAUCAUAUCACUCACCAGGGCUUUCACCGCGCAUUAAGUGGUCCGGGCCUGAUACCAACCUCCAGACGGUACGUAAGUGCACUUACUGUUAGGCUGGACGAAAAGAGAUUCUCGACGAACUGGGCAGAGAUGGAAGAUUUCUCCAAUUUCUUCCGAGACGUGGUUAGUUCGUCUCUCAUCGAAUUUUUAUAUGGACCAACAAUGAUUCGUCUCAACCCAGAGUUUAUGAAAGAACUAUGGGGAUUUGAUGCCAGUGUCCCAUGGCUUGCUAGAGGAGUACCAUCUUUCAUUAAGCCGUCAGCGUAUAAGCCGCGGGAAAACUGUGUUGCUCAAUUGAAACUCUGGUAUUCAUAUGCGAGAAAGCACUUCACUAAAUCCAGCAUCAGUCCCGAUGGGGAUGGGGAUCCAUAUUGGGGGUCAAACCUCAUGAGGUACCGACAGGAGAAGUUGCUAGCAGUCAAGAACCAUGACGAUGAUGCUCUUGCCAGGAUGGAUCUCGGGCUGGCAUGGGGGUAAAUAACUUCUCGCAUCUUUAUCAAUACCCAGGUGCUUUGUUCAGGCUGACCAUAUGGUUAUUAAUUAGUUCUGUCGGCAAUACAAUACCAUGUGCCAUGCUCUCCGCUUUCCAUAUCUUUAAAGGUCCCGUCCUUCUCCAACGAGUCCGUGAUGAAGUCAAAGUUUCCCUCGGCGACCUCAAGUUACUUGAAAUAGACCUCAACAAGUUCACAAAGAAUCCCCUCCUCUCUUCCAUUUACGCCGAGACUCUUCGCCUUUAUAUAAAGACGUACUUUAUGGUUAGCUCGCCCCACGUUGAUGUGAAUCUAGGCAAAUGGACUCUAUCUAAGGGUCGUAUCGGCCUCAUGAAUGCCGGUAUCUCACACAUGGACGACACAUUUUGGAACUCACGCAAUGGCGAAUAUCCUGUUACAACCUAGACCGAUUCUUGACCGAUCCAACAGAUCCUGAAAGUGGGCCUGUAACAUCGCUUAUACGGGCAUCUCCAGACUGGGUGGAGCCGAGACGGGAGGCUUAUGAGAAAGCACGACAGACCAAUCAGCCGUUCUUCUCGUUGGAUGGAAUAGAAGGAGCCUGGUUUCCUUAUGGGGGUGAGCACUACCAUAGUUUAGUUUUUUGCGAUUGGACUAACGUACGUGUGUAAUAUAGGGGGAUAUUCUACUUGCCCUGGUCGCUUCCUGGCUAAGAGUGUUAUACUCACAACUUGCGCCAUACUGGCCAGAGACUACGAUAUUGAAAUGCUUUCAGGGAACAUCGAGAUGAGUACGUGGAGAUUUGGACUUGGCGUGAGGGGUUUGAAACACUCUCUUCCAUUUCGAAUCAGGAAAAGAAGCGCGCGCAUAGCUGCAGGAAUAUAUACGGGCACAAAUAUUUCGUCGGUGGUCUUGGUCUUGAUCUAA